UGUUUUUUCCCUUGGUCCCCUGGACAGGCCUCUGGGGUCACUGUCUGUGACAAAGUCAUCCAGGUCUUCAAUGACAUGAAGGUGCGCAAACACGCCCCCCAAGAGGAACAGAAGAAGCGCAAGAAGGCUGUGAUCUUCUGCCUGAGCGAGGACAAGAAGAAGAUCAUCCUGGAGGCAGGGAAGGAGAUCCUGGUGGGCGACCUGGGAGACACCGUUGACGACCCCUACCUGCACUUUGUCACAAUGUUGCCCCCAAGCGACUGCCGUUAUGCCCUCUACGACGCUACCUAUGAAACCAAGGAGAGCAAAAAGGAAGACCUAGUCUUCCUCUUCUGGGCGCCCGAGAGUGCCCCUUUGAAGAGUAAGAUGAUCUAUGCCAGUUCUAAAGAUGCCCUCAAGAAGAAAUUUCCAGGGAUCAAGCAUGAGUGGCAAGCAAACGGCUUAGAAGAUAUCAAAGACCGCCAGAGCCUAGCGGAGAAAUUGGGCGGCAGUUCCGUCAUCAGCUUGGAGGGCAAGCCCGUGUGAGACCCCCCCUUCCAGGUCCCCUGUCGUGCCAGUGUCUCUGAAGCUUCCAUGUUAAUGGCCCCAUGCUACUGUUGGGGGGUUGGGGGGGGGUCUCCUUUUCAGUUCCAUUCCAGUUUUCUGCCUUCUCCAUCUCCCCAGCCUGGUGCUCUCCUUCUGUACAAGCAGCUGGCUUGCAGCCUGCAGCUGCUGUUGAAACUUGCCAAACGUGCUACAGCUUUUUCACUCUCCUCUCCAGCUCCCUUUCCUUCUCUCUCCCCCCCCCCUUAAACCCUUGAGGUGACAUUCCUGAGGGGGCCUCCAUCCUUGGCUUCUUCCUUUGCCCCGUGGGUCCAUCUGCUUCCUCCAUUCCACUCCCGGUCAAGGACGGGGAGGUGGGUGAGCAUUGAAAGGUUGGGAUAGGGACCCUGAUUCCAGAAUUAGUCCAUUUCCAGUGUGUAAAAAAAAUUUUUUAUUGGUCUAUGUGUGUAUUGAGAAAUUGUGGAAUGGAAACUGCAUUCCCAACCCUCCCCCCUCCCUGUGAUUCCCCCCCUUUCUUACUGCCAUCGUGGCUCUGUGCUUGUCUGUAGUACUGUGUACAAAAUGAGAUAUUGUGGAAAAGUUGCACCCGUCUCUAUGUUGGGGUGGAAUUAACAAAAUAUGGAAGCAACACCAAGAACCUUCAGUAAUAAAAAAAAAAUGCUA